AUGAACUUUGAUGCAGUACUUUUAUUGGAGGAUGGAACGUGUUUCCUAGGAAGACAAUUUGCAUCCCCUCCAAUGCAAGUGGAAGAUCUCUCUACAAAAAUAGCCCAAAGCGAAGCUUCACAUAUAGGUGAGGUGAUAUUCACUACAUCUAUGUCGGGGUAUGUUGAAGUCCUCAGCGAUCCAUCAUAUAUUGGUCAAUUAGUCUGUAUGACCUAUCCAAUGAUAGGAAAUUAUGGCGUGGAUAGCAGCUGGUUCGAGUCAAAUAAGAUAACUUAUAGUAAGUGUAUUACUGUCGCUGGUCUUGUCAUACAUCAGCUGUACAAUGGUCCAGUGCUAAAAGGAAGGCUAACACUGGAAUCAUGGAUGAGAACACAUAAUAUUCCCGGUAUAGAAGGAGUGGACACACGUUUGCUUACAAAGCAUCUACGGGAUCAUGGAGCCCAAAACGGCGCCUUACUUACACUUUCAUCAUUUGAAGAAUACGCAAAAGAAGAUAUUCUUCUCUUAUUAAAGAAGAUGCCAAAAAUGGAGGGAAGAAACUUAGUAGGAAAUAUUGAAAAAAAUACAUGGAACGUAAGAAAGGAAAGAAAAGACACUCUCUGCAAUGUAGCAGUGUUAGAUUGUGGUGCUAAAGAAAACAUAAUUCGACUACUGCAUCAGAAGGGGUGUGCUGUAGAACGUUGUUCCUCUCUUGCAAGCGCUGAGGAAUUAUUGGAUAAUACACCUGAUAUGCUCCUUAUUUCAAAUGGUCCAGGCGAUCCAGCAGUGCUUCAACAGCAACUGAGUACGAUACAAGCUCUAUUUGGGAAAACAGUACUCUGUGGUAUUUGUCUAGGCCAUCAACUGCUUGCAUUAGCAUUAGGGAUACAUACAUAUAAAAUGAGUUUUGGACAUCACGGUUCUAAUCACCCUGUGCAAGAUGAGUUGAGUAAAAAGCUCUAUAUCACAAGCCAAAACCAUGUAUUUGCAAUACAGGAAGAAAAUCUACCAGAUGAUGUGCUUGUAUGGUUUCGAAAUGUAAAUGAUGCUACAGUCGAGGGGUUACAUUCUUAUAAACGAAAUAUAUAUUCUGUACAAUUUCAUCCUGAAGCAUGUCCUGGUCCCAGUGAUACCAGUUGGAUCUUUGAUUAUUUUAUUCAGCGAGCUAUAGACUUUAGAACAGAUUAUAUCCGAGAGUAA